CCAUCAGGGAGGGAGAUAGAUGGAUAUUAGCAGUUUCAUGGAUCUUUCUUUGUACCGGCAGUCAUCAGCAAUUCAAGAUUGGAUGAAGCAAUCAAAGUCCAAUGGAGACCCAGCAUUUGAUGAAGACUCAGACUUCACUAACACUCCAUUGCCAAGCCAGAUGUUCACUGACAUAGGCUCUUCUCAUGGUCACGAUGAAGAUGUGGAGAUAUGGGCCGAAGAAACAAUUGGGGACACACAUCUGGGAAAAAGGAAGACUAAGAUUGGUCCCGAAAUGAGAAAAGGGAAGAAACCACGCACUGAGGAGGAGUUAGGUAGCGACGAUACCACACCUGAGCCUAGUGGUGGUGAGGACAUUGGUGGUGAUGAUGAUGAUGAUGAUUCCAGUAACAGUGAAGGUGAUGGCAAUGAUGGCAACGAAAGUGGUGGUUAUCGUAUAUCUCCUACUAUAAGGUUCACUGGGGAGGAGGACUUCACCCAUGCAACACAAGAUACAGAUCAUGGAACACCUACUUCACAACGACAAACAACAUCGACACGUCGACAUGGUCGACAGGCCCCACUUGCAUAUGAUGAAGAUAGCUCCAACUCUGUCUUCAGUGGUCAGUACUACAACCCUUACAGUACUUCUCCCCCUGCAGGGGGCUUUCUGUGGCCACCACCAGGGGUGGUGAACCCGCCACUUCCGCAGGCAGUUGCAGCAUUGCCUUAUUUGGAUUAUCACGGCUACCUACCAUAUGGAGCUCCACAGUUGCAAUAUCACCCACCUACGUACGUGUAUUUGCCACCAACAGACGAGCCGUAUGAGGGACCACCGGGAGAGAGAUUUGAGGACUGAAGAAUGCAGAGAAUAUGCUACAUGGAUUAUUCUGGACUAUGCCUUCGCCUCUGUUGUAUCUUUGGAUUGUAAUAAUUCUAAUGGAUUUUGGAUGUAUUGUGUUCUAUGUGUGGACUUUGGACAUGAGUUAUGUGUAAUAAUUCUAAUGGACUUUGGAUGUA